UAUAGAGGACCACAAACUAGCUUCUGUAUCAUAUAGUGCUAAUGAACAUGUAUUAUAACUUUUAUAGAUGAUAGAGCGACCUUGACAGUUUCAGAUGAAGUCCUGUGUGGUUUAUUAGAGAUAUUGUAGUUUUUGUUGAGGUGUCUGUCUCAACUGACCGUCAAACAUUGAAGGGAGUGAAACUCAAGGCCAAUACAGGUAAAUAAAAAUGAGUGCAGCUAAGAUGUUAGCCGACUCCACCCAGGGGGAUCCCCUGACAGACACCAUCCCGGGGGAGGGGGCCAAGAGGAGGAAGCCUCAUGACAAAAGAAAGACAAAGAAACAGAAGAAAGAAACAAAGAAAAAGUCAGCUAAGAGGAGUAGCUCAGAUAAUGACCUUGACAGUGACCUGGACCUAGAAAAGGAGCUGAAGCCGAUCGGUGACUAUAUCAAAGAUAGACGAAAGAUGUUAGACCAGAUGUUUCGAUGUCUGAGGGGAGGCAGUCUACAGAGAAAUCUCCCUGAUGUCCUGAAGGACCUUUCCCUGGAGGAUCUGAAGCAGCGAUGUCAGAACCAGUUGGAGAUCAUGUCUAAAAAACGCAUCAAAUGCAUCUUAGCAGGUGAUGAUCCAGCUAAUAUUUCCUCCUCUGGGACAGAUGAUGACAGCUCAGAGGAUGAAGCGGUUAAGAAAGGUAAAGAUACUGGAGAGGAAGAGCUAAUGGCCGACUCAACAUCUCAACCAGGAGAAGAACAGAAGGAGGAACAAGAGGAGGACCAAGGAAGGUAUAUAAUAUACACCAUCUUCCAAUGUACCGCCCCAAACCCUUCCCCUGCCACACACUUUCUACCCGUGUCCUAA